GGAGAUGGUUAAUCUCCGAGCCACUGAUGUGAAGCUUAUGCGCCAGCUCCUCCUCAUCAAUGAAAGUAUUGAAUCAAUCAAGUGGAUGAUUGAAGAGAAAGCCAUUGCCAGCAGAGGCAGCAGUUUGAGUGGAAGUCUGUGCAGCUUGCUAGAAAGUCAGGAGACAUCCCUCCAUGGCAGCUGUAACAGUUUACAAGACUGUAGUGAUGGACUGGAUGGAAUAUCAGUGGGGAGUUAUUUGGACACCUUAGUGGAUGAUGUCCCUGGUCACCAAACCCCAUCAGAUAUGGACAAGUUCAGUGAUUCUUCUGCCAUGGAGGACUCACAGUCUCUGCAUAAACAUCCCAAAAUUGAUUCUGAUGAGUACUACUGUUUUGGUUGAUAAGAACAAGUUCCAGUGGGACACCAAUGCACUUGUAUUUAUCCUUUUUCUUUGCUGCUAUUUUAUUUCAUGUGCAAAACGCCCAAAGUUCUUUUGGAAGGAGAAUAUAAUAUGAUACUUCAAUUCUACUGCAUAACUUUUCUAUUGCUUCUGUUUCUCCUUGAUGGGUUGGGCUUUUCUCCUCCUCCUCACAUUUUCUUAAUUUAUUGUCACAAUUGUUUUUUGUUUUAAUUUUUUACAAUGCUGAAUUUACAAGUCUGUAAAAGCGGUGAAGGAAAAGCUUUAUCUUUAAAAUGAAACACCAGGGGAUGAGAGUAACAAUUUUCUAUUUGUUGCCAAUAAAAUACCUUCUGAUAAAUAUA